UCGUAUUCAGUUUGCAUUUCAAAGCCGCUAAAGUAACAAGUAUCUUGGAGCUAUCUGCGAGCAUUCAGUUCAAAAAGAAGAUACAUUCGCAGCAAAAAGCAAUCUUUGUGUAAAGUGAAAAGGGCCAUAGAAAAAGAUAUACAAAACUUGCUGCAAUGGACCCCUCUAAUGGAGACCUAUAUACACUGGAAGCCAAUUUGGUGAGCAAGUCGCUGAGAGAACUGACAGAUGGUGCUGACAAGGAUCCCAUUACCAAGUUGCGUUUGCUUUGCCUGAGUCGUGGCGCAACAGGCAUUUUGGGACUUGGCAGAGCUUUUCGCGCCAUGGACGAUGAUGGCAGCAAGGCCCUCAAUAAGGAGGAGUUCAUCUCGGGAAUUCGAGACAUUGGUCUGGAUGUAACUGAAGAUGAAAUUAAAGAGAUGUUCAACACCUUUGAUGAGGAUGGCAGCGGAUCUGUGAACAUGACUGAGUUCUUGCUGAAGCUACGCCCACCCAUGCCGCAGUGUCGUCUGGCAAUCAUCGAUCAAGCAUUUGACAAGAUGGACAAGGAUGAUGAUGGGGUCAUUACCAUAGAUGAUCUGAAGAAUGUUUACUCGGUCAAGGAGCAUCCGAAAUAUCAGAGUGGCGAGAAGAGCGAGGAUGAGAUAUUGACAGAUUUCUUGCACAAUUUCGAGGGUGGUCGUGGAAACCUUGAUGGCAAGAUAACUCGAGAGGAGUUCAUCAAUUAUUAUGCCACAAUUAGCGCCUCAAUUGACAAUGAUAUGUAUUUCGAUCUGAUGAUGCGUCGUGCUUAUGCAAUGUAAGGAUAUCUGUUUGAAACCGUCCAAAGGCUCAAGCUCAAUACAAUUCUGAUUCUCAAGUGUCUAACUAUAAACUUUUAACUAGUGUUUAGUCGCUCAUGUUUUAUUUAUAACACACUCUACGCAUAUUUCAUUCAAUAAAAAAAAAAA